AUGCAGAAACAUGCAGACUCAUGCCAAUAUCACGGUGUUCCAUGUCCCAACUGUAACAAGACGGUUGCCGAACGUAACAUGGCAACACAUUUGGGCGAAUGUCAGAUGAAAGUCGGUAAAUGUGCCUAUUGUGGUAUAAUUGUCAAGACGACAAGCAUGGAAAAACACUUGAAGAUCUGUCCAAAAAUGAUCAUCAGUUGCCCGUUUCAAUGUGGCCUGACGGACCGAACACGGGAAGAGGUUUGA